AUGUCCCGACGGCUCCUCACGACGAGCACCACCUACACCCUCGCUCACACGGCGCAAUGCAAGCUAAAGCUCGCUGCGAAUCGGCCGGACAGGAAUUUGCGAUUUGUCCUCGGCCAUGCCUUCACUCUCGAUAACCUGAUGCUUCGCAUUGUCGAGAUCGAGAACCAGAGUGCCAAAUCAGUCUUCCAUGAAGCCACCCCAACUCCUGGAGACGAACACUUUGACUGCACGAAACCCACGCCUAUUCCAGAGCCAGAGGAGCAUUACGACUGCACCCAAGCUGGUCCAACACCCGCAGAACCAGAGCCACGGCCUCGCCGAAUCAGUUUCCAAGAUAAUAACGCACGCCCGUCCAAUACUGUCGAAGGAGGUUCCAACUCACCUGCACGCAAACGCUCACCACCACCCGUCUCCAUACAUUCGGCACAGAAUUACCCGGACGAGGACGGGUCCGACAGGACCUCCUCCGACGGGACCUCCUCCGACGACUACGACGAACCAGACUCGUAUGGACCUGACACCAAAAAACCCAAACAAUGGCCUGUCCACGAUGCCUAUCCAGACGAAGAAGACGCAGGUCUCGAAAUAGCGGACGACGAACUCAACGAGGACGAGGGCCUAAAUCUCCAACGCUUCGAAUCGGCCUCAUCCCGGCCCCCUGGCAUGAUACGCUCGUCAUCUUCGUCCUCAGAGGAAGAUGGAAACGAAGCUAUCUCACCGCCCCAGCUCCCAUCCGAUGUCGAUGUCAGGAAACUCCUCGAAGGCGACAAGGACGCCGAGCUGGCCGAUCUGUACGAAUCCGUACGCCGGUGCUCGUGUCAUGGUCAGCGGGACUCCCUGGGAGGCACGCCGACAGGGAUGUGGGAUGUGCCGGUGGAGAAGAGUGGUGAGAAGCAUCUGGCUGUUGUUGCUCUUGCUGCGUGA